UACGCCAAUGUUUACGUUUUUACUUCAUUGCAAAAAAUAGCCCCCCAUAUUGUUGCUUAAACGCCCUAUUCUUCUGACUCUUCGCGUGUAACAUUAACAACAAAUGUCGCUGCUGGAACAGUACGAGCAGCAGUACGCGGCUCUGAUUGCGGAGAUAACGGCGCAUAUAGGGAGAUUGCAGCAGCAGAGCAGCAGCAGUGACCGUUACGAGCUGUGCAGCAAAAUCGAUGGCAGCCUGCCCGAGGCACAGGAGCUGCUGGAGCAGAUGGGCCUGGAGGUAAGAGAGCUGAAUCCCUCACAGCGAAGCAGCUUCAAUAGCAAGCUGCAGGUGGCCCAAGCCGAACUACGACGACUGCAGGCGGAGUACAAGCAAACAAAGGAUAAGCAGCCAAACGCCUUCACAACCUUGGACUUGGGUGGGGACGGUGACUUUUACGAGGAUGUGUCCAUUAAUAAUGACCAGCGACAACGCCUACUAGACAAUUCGGAGCAGAUUGAGCGCACUGGCAAUCGGCUGACCGAGGGCUAUCGCGUAGCCCUGGAGACCGAGGCUCUGGGCGCACAAGUACUGAACGACCUGCAUCAUCAGCGCGAAACUUUGCAGGGUGCCCGGGCACGUCUGAGGGAGACAAACGCCGAUCUCGGCCGUGCCUCCCGCACCCUGAACACCAUGGUGUUGAGAGCUCUGAGAGAGAAGGUUGUUUUAUACGGGGUAGGUGUGUGCUUCGUAGUCGCUGUGGGCGUCAGUUUAUAUCUCACCUUUGCCCCGAGUUCCUCGGCUGCCAGAUCGUAGUAAGCCCAAUGAUAAACCAAUUGAUAUGAUAUAGUUUGAGUAUAGCUUAUCACUAGAGACGUAUUGACGCAUUCCUGUUUUGUGAAUUGAUUAUUUAUUAUUUGUUUAGAAUAUCUUACGUCUACGAGUAUUCCAGUGUGUAAAGGAAAAGUUCCCAACGGCUAAUCCUAGUGGGAGAAAGCUGCAAAGACUUACGCACUAAUCUACAUAUGUACGAGUACUUUUUAUUUGGCAAUACGCGGCGCCUAGAUACCUACUACUCCUAUUCUAUGACUCAUGUUAAAAGUUUGGUGUUUCGUGUUCAUUUUAGGGACGUAUCUUGCAUUAAUUCGUAAAAAAAAAACAACCAAAGGUGAAUAGGCCCAUAAUGCACCUACAAUUCGCAUCGUUAAUAAAUAAAAAAUAAAUAAAAAAUGCA